AAAGCACUUCUGUCUUGUCUGUUACUCCUAUAACAAGUCUACAAGCGUGUUUUUAUCCUUUCUUUCAUGUAAGCCUCCAAUUAGGACUCCUUCCUUUUUUUCUACUUGAAGAUCAAACUCGGAACAGUUAUGAAGUUUAAUCCUUUUACUGGGUCUCCACAUCAACCAGAGUCAGGACCACUCAAGUCAAUUGCCCCUCUGAGCCAUUCAUUUUCAUCAUCCCUUUCUGGGUUCUGCAGUUUUUAAGGAGCCUUUAUCAGUUUUUCCUGCAAGAUGUUUUCAUUGCCCGAAGUUCAGAAGAGACCAAAGAAUGGUUCAUAAAGGUGAUUUGGUUAUUAUCGGCAUCUGUGUGGGUUUGUUCCUUGGCAUUUUCAUAGCUGUGCUUGCAUUUUUUGGCAUAAGAUGGUACAAGAAGCAUGCUCAUAUUUUGCGGCGUACAAAUGAACGAAGUGUUGCUACUCAUCCUAUACGCACAAAUGGCUUGGGUACGAGCACUGAUUUCAGCGCUUCACUUUCAAGUACCGUGACUGUUAAGGGUUCGCAAUACUCUCAGAAAAGUUCUCAGCCGUCUUGGUGGAGUCAUCAUAGUAAAGACCGCUUUGUUUCUGCUUCAAGCAUACCUAGAUAUCCUUACAAGGAUAUUCAGAAAGCUACACAAAAUUUUACCACUAUACUAGGACAAGGAUCUUUUGGUCCAGUAUAUAAAGCAACAAUGCCUGCAGGAGUAGCAGCUGUAAAGGUUCUUGCUUCUAAUUCACAUCAGGGAGAGAAAGAAUUCCAAACAGAGGUGUGUCUGCUUGGAAGGUUGCAUCAUAGGAAUCUUGUGAAUUUGAUAGGAUACUGUGUAGAUAAAGGACAACACAUGCUAAUUUAUGAGUUUAUGAGUAACGGGAGCUUGGAAAACCAUAUAUAUAGUGAAGACAAGGCUCUGAGUUGGGAAGAAAGGUUUCAAAUUGUUCUUGAUAUAGCACAUGGAAUUGAGUAUCUUCAUGAAGGGGCCGUUCCACCGGUAAUACAUCGUGAUUUAAAGUCUGCUAAUAUAUUGCUAGACUACUCCAUGAGAGCCAAGGUUGCUGAUUUUGGGCUAUCGAAAGAAGAGGUCUUUGACGGCCGAAACUCUGGUCUAAAGGGGACUUAUGGAUACAUAGACCCAGCUUAUGUUUCUACAAACAAGUUCACCAUGAAGAGUGACAUUUACAGUUUUGGCAUUAUCAUCUUUGAGCUUAUAACAGCCAUCCAUCCACACCAAAACUUAAUGGAAUAUGUUAAUCUUGCUUCUAUGAGUCCAGAUGGCGUCGAUGAAAUUCUUGAUAAGCAAUUGAUUGGAGCAUGUGAUAUCGAAGAAGUAAGGGCGCUAGCUAGGAUUGCUCACAAGUGCCUGCACAAAAUGCCCAGAAAACGACCUUCGAUCGGAGAAGUUACACAGGCUGUACUGAAGAUAAAACAGAGGCGCCUUGCCAAAGAAGACACAAUGUCUUUUGUCGACAGAGAUUCUUCUUUUUCGCGAGUCAUAAGCCGGAUAGAAGAUCAACAGAUCGAGCUGAGUAAGUUGGCUGAAACAAAGGAGAGGCAUGAAGAGGUGUGAUUGGGUUUUGGUUUUUUAAAUCUCAUUUUGGUUUAGGGUUUUAAGUUUUGACCAUUAGCCUUCCCUGGUAGUACAUAUUUUAUUAUCAAAAGUCUAUACAAACUAUAGUGAGUUAUAUAGAAGAGCCUUGCCAUUCUGUCCCA